ACACUUCUCACCAUACCGCAUUCGAACCACAGUUCCCAAGCGUACCUACAAAAAAUAUUAAAAAUGGCAUUCAAAGUUGUCGCCCUUGCCGUCCUGCUGGCCAUCGUUGCCAUCAAUGCCGCACCUCAGUUGGACCAGCUGCCCGGAGGUAUGACCCCACCGUCGGUCGGUGAGAUGCCGGUUGGUGGUGCCGGCGGUAACCAGACGAAUCCGGGUGACCUGACCAACAAUCUGAACACGACCGUGCCCGAGAACCCGAUGGGUGGUGUUGGUGGUGCCGAGAACGCCACCAUGCCGUCCAACAUUGGCGGUGGCAUCCCGAACAGCCUGAGCAACAGGAUCCAGAAUAGCCGCAACAAAAUCAACAAUCAUUAGAAGUGUGCCUCCUGGGGGUGUACUGCUCUGGAUCUGGACAUGUGCAUGGAAACUGAACUACCGCUAAUACGAGGGACAACUUUCUGGUUUUCAAGGGGGGUUACAGGAGAUGCUUACGGAGAGUGUGUAGUCAAAGGGGCGUCGGAGCUUUUGCUGUAGAUACUACACGUUACGAGUGUUAUGAUUUCGUUCAAUAUUGGCAUUAAAUACAGAAGAAGCAU